AUGAACGGACAAAAGCCAAGAAUCGAAGUUGUCGUCACCGGCGUCGGGGUGAUUAGCCCCAUUGGCAUUGGCAGCGAUGUCUUUUGGAAGUCGAUGCAAGAAGGCCGCAGCGGUAUCCGGCCUAUCCAGUCGUUCGACACGGCAAACCUGCCCGUGCGCAUCGCCGGCGAAGUCCUCGAUUUCGAACCCAAGCAAUACGUGCGACCGCGCAAGUCGCUUAAGCUCAUGGCCCGCGACUCACAGUUCGCCGUGGCCGGUUCAUCGCUGGCCUGCGAACACGCCGGGAUCAAAGUUGGCGAAGUCGACCCCGAUCGCUUCGGAGUGGUGUUGGGGGCCGAUCGCAUCCGCAACACGCUGGAAGAAUCGGAAGACACCUAUCGCGCCUGCCUCAACGAGAAGGGUGAGUUCGACUUCGACCGUUGGGCCACCCACGGAAUCCAAGAGGCCUUCCCCCUGGGGUUCCUCAAGAUCCUGCCCAACAUGCUGGCCUCGCACAUUUCCAUCCUUUGGGACGCGCGAGGGCCCAACAACACGAUUCACCAAAACGAUCUCUCCUCGCUGAUCGCCGUUUCGGAAGCGACUCGCGUGAUCGAACGUGGCGAUGCCGACAUCAUGAUCACCGGUGGGGCCAGCUCCCGCUUGCAGCCGCUCGAUUGGGUGCGCGAUUGCCUUACCCGAGAAUUAUCUCACCGCUGCGAUCGCCCCGACGAGGCCGUGCGUCCCUUCGACUCCGAUCGAGACGGUCGCGUCAUCGGCGAAGGGGCCGCCAUCUUCGUCCUCGAACGUCGUGAACAUGCCAUCGCCCGUGGCGCACCGAUUUUGGCCCGCGUGGCGGGUUCCGCUUCGGCCUUCCAACCGGCCGCGCAAGACGGUCCGUGCAGUGGUGAUGCCAUUCGUCGCGCCAUCGAAACAGCCACGCGCGAUGCCGAGUUCGAGUUGAGCGACCUGGGGCACGUCAACGCUCACGGGGCCAGCACCAUCGUGGACGACCAGGUCGAAUCGCAAGCCUUGAGCCAACUCCUCCCCGACGCACCUGUGACGGCUCCCAAAAGUUUCUUUGGCGACCUGGGUGCUGCCAGUGGAGCGAUGGAACUGGCGGCCAGCGUGAUGGGCAUCGACCGCGGAUUGGUGCCCGGCACAUUGAACUACGAAUCGCCCGACCCGAGUUGCCCGGUCCACGUCGUAGCCGGUCCACCCCAGUUCUCUGGCAAAGACGCCUGCGUGGCCAUCAACCAUCUGCCCCAAGGCGAAGUGACCGGUCGGGCCCUCUCGUAUGGCUCCGCCGCACGCGACCCCCGCGGCAAGCCACCCACGCCUGAAGCCACCUUCCCCGAGAGUCCCAAGCUACCCUUGAACACGUUGGAAGACCGCAUCCGUCUGCUGCAAAAUCGCGCGACCACACUGCGAGCCGAAUUCGCGGCCGCUUUGGUCGAUGAGUCGCCCGACGGGCAAGACCUGCUCGGCUCGGCCAUCGACGAGAUCAUGGCCCGCGAUUACAGCGGUCCCCACGUCGUGCCCAUGCCGCACUCGGCUGCGGUGCAGCGGCACAUAACGAGGGUAAGCAUGUCGAAUCGCGAACGCUGGAUUCUGUACCCGUUGCUGGUCUUGGCCCUGGGAGCUUCGCUACGAACUCAGGUCUUGCCGAUCUUCAAAAGGCUCACGGCGAUGGAGUUCUCCGCGAACCAGAUUAGCUGCGACACCCUAGAGGUCUCGAAGUCGAUCCUCCUGCGUGGUGAGGACGGCAAAGCCCGGAUCGUGCUCUCCGAUGCCUCAGGGCGUUCGGGGCAGAUUCAUAUCUUCGGCGAGAACGGCAACUCGCUCAUCUCGAUGGGGGCCACCAAAGAAAACGGUUCGGGGGCCAUCAGCGUGUUCAAUGCCCAAGGCGAAAUCCAAGUGCGGCUCGACGCACUCGAAGGCGGCGGCGUGGUGGCCACCUUCGGCGAAGACAAGAAACCGCUGGUUGUCGUCGAGCACGAUCGCGAAGGCUCCGGAUCAGUCGUGCGUUACGACAGCCAAGGCCAUCGCUUCGGUAUGCUAGGGCUCCGCCUUCCCGAUCCUCCACCCGUGCCCGAAGGCACCGCCCCUGCCGCCACAGAGGAACCCGCUGGCGAAACGGCACCAACCACUGACGAACCUGCGACGGAAGCUCCUGCCGAAACCAACGAGCAGCCCGUCGACGGAAACACCGAAAGCCCGGCCGAAACCGACGGCAACUAG